CUUCAUUUUACUCAGUUUUAAUCUAAAUUGAAUAUUCUGCAUAAGAGUGGGAUAGUGAUGAUUCCUAUUUUUCCUUCAAAUAAAAGGUUUUAUGGCUAUGAAUGGAAAUUCUACAGGUGUUUAUCAUGAAAAACAGGUUAAAGAGCUAUGUGCACUUCAUGCUUUAAAUAAUUUAUUUCAAUCAAGAGAAGCUUUUACCAAAUCUGAGUUGGAUGAAAUAUGUCAAGCAUUGUCUCCCCACGUUUGGAUCAAUCCUCAUAAAUCUUUUCUUGGGCUAGGGAAUUAUGAUGUCAAUGUAAUUAUGGCUGCUUUACAGCGCAAAGGCUGUGAAGCAGUCUGGUUUGAUAAAAGAAAACCUCCGGAAUGCUUGGAGCUAUCUCAUAUUCAAGGGUUCAUACUCAAUGUACCAAGUGAUUAUAGAUUUGGUUUUGUUUUGUUGCCAUUAAAGAAAAGACACUGGAUUGCAAUUCGACAGGUUUCUGGAGUUUAUUACAAUCUAGAUUCAAAAUUGGAUUCUCCGCACAUGAUUGGUCAGGCGAACGAUUUAAUGGCCUACCUUAAAGAACAACUAGACAGCAGGGAUAAAGAGCUUUUUGUAGUUGUGAACCAGGAUGUUGAAGAAAAACAUUUGUGGGAAAAGGAAGAAACACAGACUAUUUCUAGAUAAUAGUCUUAAACUUAUUGCCUUCAGCAUUUAGUACAAAGGGACCUGACGUCUGUGU